AUGGGUUCCAUUGAUUCGACGACCGCCUUUUUCAGCCGGGCAGACAAAUAUCUAAUGUCGACAGGCGUGCCCUACUCACCGGUGGUCAUCACCAAGGCCAAGGGAACGCGGCUCUAUGAUGCCAACAACCGUCAAAUCCUGGAUUUCACCUCGGGCCAAAUGAGCUCUCUGCUCGGCCAUUCGCACCCAGAGAUCGUCGCCGUUGUCCAGAAAUACGUCGCGGAACUCGACCACCUCACCAGCAACAUGAUCACCCACCCGGUCGUCGAUUUGGCUGAACGCCUUGCGCAAUUUUCACCGGGACCCUUGGAGAAGUCCUUCUUCCUGAACACGGGCUCCGAAUCCACUGAGGCUGCCAUCAAGAUGGCCAAGUGCUACACCGGCAAAUUCGAGAUCGGUGCCGGCUCCGCCACCUACUCUGCCGGUCGUCGACGCGGUGGGCCUUGCAUGCCGGGCCAGCUGGCCUUCCCGGCUCCGUAUGCGUAUCGGUCGCCCUUCCGGAAGCCCGAUGGCUCAUACGACUGGGAAACCGAGAUGGACUACGGAUGGUCCAUGGUCGACCGCCAGAGCGUGGGGGCGUUGGCGGCCUUCAUCAUAGAGCCGAUCCUCUCGACUGGGGGCAUUCUCGAUCUGCCCCAUGGGUACCUCCCGCGCAUGGUAGCAGAAUGCAAGAAGCGUGGCAUGCUCGUGAUCAUGGACGAAGCGCAGACGGGGGUCGGGCGUACCGGGCAGAUGUUUGCUUUCGAGCACGAUGGCGUUGUGCCUGACAUUCUCGCGCUAUCGAAGACUUUAGGAUGUGAGCUGCCUCUUGCCUCCGUCAGCACCACUGCAGAGAUCGAGCGUGGCUGCAAGGAGGCUGGCUUUCUCUGGCUAACCACCCAUCUGAAUGACCCCUUGACGGCCGCGGUGGGGAACAAGGUCCUCGAGAUUGUCGAGCGUGACAACAUCUGCCAGCGCGCCGCGGAACGAGGCGUUCAACUCCGCAGGGGGCUGGACAAGCUGCAGAAGAAAUACUGGUGCAUUGGGGACAUUCGGGGCCGCGGUCUGCUGCAAGGCAUCGAGAUUAUUGCAGACCGUGAGACUCGGGCACCGGGACCGGAGAUUGGGCAAGCUGUAUCUGACCGAGCGAUGGUGUGUGGUCUGUCCUGCAACCUUGUCAAUUUGCCUGGGAUGGGGGGUGUCUUCCGCCUGGAUCCUCCGGUUACGGUGACGGAGAAGGAGAUUGGAGAGGGCUUGGAGAUCUUGGACGAGGCUUUCCACUUUGUUCUGAAACAACGUAACUUGGUCUAA